AUGGCAACAGGACUAACAUUAAUUGAAAUUUACAGAACUAUGAAUGUAUUGGUCUUGUGUCUCCUGAUAUCACUUACAUCAGCAGCACCAGAAUGGGAGCAGAUCAAAUCCCUACCCAACUUGGUUGAACCACUACGUUCGAAGCACUAUGCUGGCUAUGUACAAGUUUCUCAAACGAAGCAACUUUUUUACUGGUAUAUUGAAUCAGAAAACGAUCCUGCGAAUGAUCCAUUAGUUCUGUUCUUGAAUGGAGGUCCAGGAUGUUCAUCACUUCAAGGACUUGUUUCUGGAGAUGGGACCACUGAGUACGCUAAUAUUAUCUAUCUUGACGCACCAGCUGGUGUUGGUUUCUCAAUUCGUCUUGAUGGCCUAUGGGAUUACACAGACACAGAAGUGGCCUUGGACAACUACGCAGCAAUGAAAGAGUGGUUCAAGAAAUUCCCCGAACGCAUGACGAAUGACUUUUAUGCUGCAGGAGAAUCAUACGCUGGCACGUACAUACCAAUGCUUUCAGCAAUUUUGGUGGACGAUAAAAGCAUCAAUUUUAAGGGCAUGCUAAUAGGAAAUGGAUGCGUUGAUGAUGUUCUGAAUUUCAAUAGUCUAGUGGAUUUCAAUUACAAUCACGGAUUCAUUGAUGAACGGUAUUAUCGUCAAUCUAUAGAAAAAUGCUGCAAUAAUACUCCAGAACAUUGCAAUUUCUAUGGUCUAUCUAUGAAUGAGACUGGUUUCUGUUAUAACGAAGUAGGUUUCUUGGUGGCAAGUUAUCUGAACUCGGCCAAUUUCUACACUGGGCUCGAUCCAUACUUCAUAUACUAUUCCUGCUAUCUUGACUCAAACGAUGCACCCAUUCCCACUGGAGUGGCUACUGUGACACUUCGCUCGCAUUUUCGAAGGAAAUGGAAAAAAAAAGGUCUAAUUCUUGCCCAG